AUGUCGGAUAGAAAAUCUAAGUACAAAUCGAAUCCAGUCAACUCCCAAGUGGAUAGUCACUUUUCAGAAUUGGUUCAAUCCUUGGAUGAAAAAACUAAGGAUUCUGACAUCUCAGAUCUCCUCUUGUUUUUAGAGAAGGACUUCAACAUUACCUCUUUAGGUCAAUCAUUUUCCUAUGCAUCCACUGCCAAUGACAGCAGCUCGCUGGCAUCUAUUAUCGUGAACUUGGGCAGACUUGUAAAGUUCGCUUCUAAUGUGAAGUCUUUAGAGCUUUCGAUAGAUCAGCUUAUAGACGAGCUAAUAAAGAAUGCCAAUGUGUUUAGUAAAUGUCUUUCCAGUGGCAAGCCAAGUUUGGUCAACCCAAUUUUAAGGUUAAUGACUGCCAUUAUUACGUAUAACAGCGGCGUUAAGACGGAUAAAUUACUAGAGUCGUUAGAUUUCUCUAGUAAAGUACUUCCCAAACUCGCCAUUCCUUCAAAAUUGGAGGCUCUGGAUCCUGCCAAGUGUCAAACUGAGUUUUCAGUCCGAUCGAAUUUUGUUACUUUUUGGAUCACUCUCUGCAAUGCUGCCGCCCCUCUAUCCAGAAAGGAUAUAUUGACUACUGCGGGUAAGGUGAUGAGCAAUAUCUUCAAAUACAUCGCCGUGUACGAUAGUCCCGAAUUACAAAGAGAUGUGUUAAACUUUUUGGAUCAAUCAAUUCUUAUGGAACCCAGUUAUAAGAGGAUGACAAAGUGCAAGAUGAUCGGAGACUGGGUUAUGAGUAAAGUGGUUGAUCUUUAUCUGGUUGAAACACUAAGAGACCAGUUGCAUCAGUUGUUGAUUAAAAUGUGCACAGAUGAAACAAAUGGCCUUGUUUUUCCGGACGACAAUGUAUGGUUUGAGACUUCUGAAGUUUCAGGUGCCGCGGUUUCCAUUGGUGACCGCACUUUCCACGUUCAUAAUAAGCUUAUCUAUACUAUGCUCACGAAAUUGAAGCCCUGGGCCGACGAUUUACAGCUGGAAUUGGUCAUCACAGUAAUCCGGUACAUCCCUGAACUUAUGCCCGCUUACUGCUACUACUGCUUCUUUAUCAAUGGAUCACACGAUCCUAAGCUAAGCUCUUUCUACAUGGGACAGAGUCUUAUGCUAUUGAAGCUUGUUCGGCUCCCUAUUCCGCAGCAGUUUAUCAAACGGGUCAGAAACAGUGUUGAUACAAGCUCUGCAACUUCUAAUGGUACGCCGCUUCCUGCUUCUAACGUUAUGGAGUUCAUCUGUCCCAGCCAAUUGAAUAGAUCUGCUUUUACACAAGGAUUGGCUUCACCACACAAGCUUAUUACUCAUAUCAACACCGUACUACUCAUUGCCAUUUUCCAGAAAUUCGAAAAGAUGAUCAAAACUCUUUCCUACGAUAAUAACGAUUUAUAUACAGAUCUCAAGAACGAGCUUUUGGAGAUAAUGGAAGUCCAGAAGUUGCCUACAUUUGGCGCCAUUGUUGGUGAUCUAAAUGAGUUCUCUAAGAAGACUCCUGACAACAAGAUCCUUCUAUUGAACUACCUAAAAAUGGCAGAGUAUUACCAUAAAGUACUCGGACAGACGGGAAGCAUCCUGCUAACAAGUAUCAAUUUGGGGCAGUCUGACGAGGACUUUCAAGGAGUCGAUUUAGCCAUUCUUGAUUGUUAUUUGAAUCUCACAUCUGACUCUUCUGACCAAAAUAAAUGGUGGAAUGUUGCAAAAGGCUCAGAGAACACCUUGUUCACCUCUUUGUUAAGAUUGCCCUACAGAUUAGAAGCAAAAGGUGCUUCUGGCAGUGUAACUGAUGAACAGAUCACCGAAGUUCUUUCAGGUUUAGUCGGUGAUUCCUUGAUAUUUAGCGAUUUCAGAGCUAAGACACAGAUCGCUUUGACAUCCCAAAUUUAUGCAAUAUUGCUCUCUUUGCAUCAGUUUUCAUCGAUUGUCCAUAAUGCACAAGAGAUAGACAAAGUCUGCAAGGUCCUUGAUGAGUCUGUAUCUCGAUGUGUCAAAACUCCGUAUAAAUACAUUGACCAUGCCUCCAAAUAUAGUUCGUAUCUCAGUCCCUUCUAUAUAACUGUUUUGGAGCAGUCCAAGUUUGUGAAGGGUGACCUUGAUGGGUUAUUUUUAUGGAUUCAACUGGUGACCAGGUCUCUGUUUCUACUCGGGGAGCCUUUGAAUGCAAUGAAACAGUCCGUUGAAGAGUUUUUGGGCCCCGAUAAAGUGUCCAUCGAUUUUGAUUUAACUUCUUAUGAGACUACCGUUGACUCUUUCUUUGAGGAAAAUUACAAAACGUUGAAGCUUGCUGAUACUGGAUUUGCUGAAUUAGUGUUAAACGCUCCUUUAGCUAUGCUCCAGACGAAUAUUGAUACAAUGAUUCCCAUGUCAGAUAUUGAUAUGGUGUCAUUAAUUACCAGAUGCAACACUCUGGUUUACUGUGAGGCCUUGCCUUUAGAUAAGGUACAAUUGUUGCUUACCAAGCUUCUGGAAAAGAUGGGAAACUAUCUUAUCCAGAGGUUUGACGUUAUUUUUGACUCUGAGGAAGUUUCGACUCGCUGUUUGAAUUUGUUCGAUAACAAAUACUGGAAAUCUCUUUAUCUUGAUACCGAAGAACAGAACCCCAAAAAGUACCACACUGCAGCAUUCUUGAACAGUUUGUUCUACACAUUGUUCAAGGGUAAAUCCGAAGUUUUUAGUGACUAUGCGGACACUGUAUUGCAAUUAGCUGCAAAGUUGAAUUCAUCUACCAAUCCGGAAGCAAUUAGGGUGCUAGAUUCUUCGCUUUGGACUUUGGCUAAUGAUCAAGUUAGCAAACUUCUUAGUAUUACGGACAAUAAGAAAUUAAGGGAAAGCCUUCUUCGUAUGUCUGUUAACCGUAAUAUCUCCUUGUUGUUCUCCGAAUUCUUUCAGUUACUACAGAAGCACCUCAACAAGGAGAAUCGUGAUCUCUUUGGUGAGCUAGCGAAAAGAGUUGAUGUGUCAAAAUCUGACCUUAGCAGCAUGUUGGCUGCUCACUCCAACGAAAACAUGUAUCCAGUAUUGUGCUCCGUUUUGUCCAGCCAUUCCGAGUUUGCGGAGUAUAUUGCUACGACAUUGAAGCCUUUCUCUGUCGAUAUAUCAGCUACAGGCGAGGGCUUGAGUUUUUUGCAUUUCCUAUCUGAACAAUACUCUCCUCUUCAAGAAUAUGUAUUUACUAAAGCAAGGGAAGGUUUACAGAGAGUGAUCGAUAUAGGCGAUGUUGGCAAUCACCCUAUCAACCUAUAUCUUAAAAUUGUCAGUUUCAAUUCAGGUCUCAUAGAGCAAGAGGAUGCCUCUGAAAUGGUCAUUAAGCUAAUGGCCCUAGAUUCGUUUGCAAACGAGGCCUCUUUGAUUUUCUCGAAGGAGUUUGUUAGUGUUAUUCUUAAUUGCCAGUUCAAAGAAGUCUCGAUAAUUAAUGGCUGGCUUUGCAGAGAAACUUUGUACGCGUCAAAGAUGUUUGCAGAGACGGGAAGCUGUCAACUUCCAGAGCAAUUCAUAGGAUUUUUAAAGUCCAUGAAGCCAUUAAUCAACAAGAUGCCCGUUUGGAAGGUCGUUCCAAGAUCUUUAAUGAACUCACAACUUGAAAUAAUCCUUUCCAAUCGUUGGAUUGAAAAUGUGGAUAUAUUGAAAUAUGUGUUGUGGCUCUUGGGCUCGAAGUCUAAGGGAUUCGUUGAGGAGGACAAAAUGUUGCAAAUAUUCAUUAAUAAUGAGUAUAAUGCUUUGAGAAAGUCACCCACGGAUAAAUCAGGAUUGGAGCUUAGGUAUUACUGCGCCGUCAUGAUUUACUUUUUGUUUGAGUCCAAUCCAAAAAGAGUGUCAACUACGGAUGUUCAACUGACUCUAUCAAAGUUCCACCUCGGUACUACUAGACCUGAUGAUCGUGUUUUAAGAAAAGUCUUAAACAAGUUAGAGGCUAGUUUGGGAGUUAGUUGGAUUAAUUACAUCAGCUCAUGGGAAUUUCAAGAGGAAUCCUCCAAAAUCAUCAGUGGUGAUAGUGAAGAUGCAAACGACGAAAGCUAUGCUCUUCAAAACUAUUGGCUAGUGAAGGAGUCACCGGAAAUCAGUCAAGGCUUGAAUGUGGUUCUAAGGAAAGAUAUUGUUACUGCUACGAUUGAAAACUUCAACGAGACAACUUUGAAAUUGCCAAUUUCUUCGUUGAAAGAUGGUAAAUGGGAGGAGUUUUUUGUGAAUACAACUAUUGAUGUGGGUGAAAGGUUAAGGAGAAAGGACUUCCUUUAUGAUAGCGAGUUCUUGAUGCUUUUGAUGCUUAAUAACGAAGAGCUCUUCAAUUUUGGGGAAGAGGAUGUCAAGGUUUCCGCUAAAGCAUUAAUUGAAUCUGAUCUAUUGCAAAUCGUAGUGAUGAACCUGGUGAAUAGUCGUGAGGAGAUCCGAAGUAUGGCUCAUAGAAUACUCAGCAGCGUUUUCAUGAUCUUAGAUAGCCAGGUUAAAAUGGCAGAUAAGAACCGAGAAGCUCGAGAAAGCGACGAGUCAAAGAAAGUGGGGGAAUCCCUUGAUAGCUUCCAUCUUUACAAAGAAAGGUCGAUAUUCAAGAUGUUCCUUGGAAAUCUUCUUUACACAAUUGAGGAGCCAACAGAUGAAGAAAGUGAGGAUAUUUGCCCUUUGAUUGUGGUUUUCCUCUCUUAUUUAGUCCCUGUUUUGAACAAUCCAGGUCAUUUCAUGUACGAAAAGGUUUAUCGGUUCAUGUUAGGGGCUCCGAAGUUCAGAACGUAUGAGAUUCCCCUGUUUAAGGCUGUAAUGCGUCUUUUUACCAAGGAUACCCAUGCGUCCUCUGAUACUGAUAACACGGAAGAUUAUUACAGACGUCUUUUAUGGUUCUUGGAAACACUCUCUAAAUCAAUUACUUCUUCAAGAGACUUGAGAGUUUUGAGAAGAAGUGGGUUCUUGGAUACUUUAAUGACUCUAACAUCGUCACCAUUUGUUCACCUGAGAGUUCAAUGCUUAAUUAUCAAGGUGCUCCUCAAAAUAGUACAGAUUCCAAGCGGUGCAGAUCUUCUAGUGAGAUCUUCGGGUCUUCUUGCCUUUCUUGAAGAAAAGGCCUACAGUCUUGGAACAAAGUCUGGAUUCAGAAUAGAUCAGGUGCGUAAUAGCCUACUUCUAUUGAACUAUCAAAAAAUGGCUGUUGAAGCUAGAAUAUCGAGUGAUCUUAAUGGCGCCAAUAAGAGAACCAGGGAAUGGUGCAGAGGUGACAUGGAUAGAAGUGUUAAGAGAGUGAUUACGAGCAAACCUGUGUAG